CCCUCCUCAUCCCCGAUGCCACGCUCCUUCUCUCCCUCUCCAUCUCCCCUCAUCCCCCAUCCCUCUGUCCCCCUCGCCCUCCAUCCUCAUCCCCAAUGCCACGCCCCUUCUCUCCCUCUCCAUCUCCCCUCAUCCCCCCUCCCUCUGUCCUUCUCUUCCUCUGAGAAAGUAAAAAGCGUUUGUUUGUUUGUUUUUCAGGAGAAGCGGAAGCGCCAAGCAGAGAUCGAGGACAAGAGAGGUCAGCUGGAGGACCUGGUCCUACAGCUGCAACACCUCAAGUCCAAGGCCAUGCGGGAGCGCUGGCUGCUCCAGGGAACGCCCUCUGGGUCCGAGGAUGAGGAGGAAGGCCGGAGGAGACAGCUGCAGCAGGAUGAAGACAAGGGGAAGACCCUGGAGGACACCAUUCACAG